GAUAUUUACUUUUUGAAGGCUUCGUUGUUACGGCGCUCAGGAAUGUGCUGACGUCAAUGAUAGCUUCAGAUAUAAAUAUGAGAAGUUCGAAACGAUUAACAUACUAAUGCAUCAGUCCGAUGAAGAACUACUCGAAUUUGACGAAUAUGAUUUAACCAACAUUUCACAAGGCUCCGGARUUCAAGUACCACCAGCAAGAAAAAGGGAAAGUCUAGAUGAUUUCUUGAUGAAUCUUAAGAUGAAAGACACCAUUCCAAAGCAAGACGUUAGGAGGAUGUGGGCAAAGAAGUCGGAUGAAAGAGACAAGGCCUGUAAACAACUUAGAGACGCAAAAUCCAAGAUAGAAUAUUGGAUGGCGAAGGCAAGGAUGCUGGAGGMAGUAGUCAAGAAAUGCGAGCAAGAUUUACMWGGCCUAGAAGGUCGCGUGAUGGCUGAUAUUAUGACUCGAUAAAGGCUUGAACCUUAGCAAUAAGAAGUAUUUGUGAGAACAUAACAUGUAAUAAUAGGACUUGACGAAAUAAAAAAUGUGAAACUACUU